CAUUUCUAGAAUGGCAGUAGGGUCAAUUAUAUUUCAAUGGUGGAACAGAAAAUUGUCAAACUAACAAAACCUUCCCGUCUUCACAAGGUAUCGAUCCCAGCUGUGCUUACAAUUGCUGGAUCUGAUAGUUCUGGAGGUGCCGGAAUUGAAGCAGAUUUGAAGACAAUAACUGCUCAUCAAGUUUACGGCUUGACAUGUAUUACAGCUUUAACUGCUCAAAACACUCAGUCUGUUCAAUCAAUAGUCAAGACAUCCAAGGAACAAUUGCAAAAGACUUUAGAGAGUAAUUUUGAUGAUUUUAUUUAUGGAUACGAUUCAAGUCCUUUGAAAGCCAUUAAGACAGGAAUGCUAACCAAGGAUUCAAUUCUUGUUUUGGAGGAGUACUUGCCCUUGAUAAAGAGGCAUGAUAUUAAGUUGAUAGUAGAUCCAGUCAUGAUAAGUACGUCAGGGACUGAAUUGUUUGAUAAAGAAGCAAUGUCGAUUUGCGUCAAUACGUUGAUUAAAGAGUCAUAUUUGGUAACUCCUAAUUUUAUUGAAGCAAUUGCAUUGUAUAGAAAUAAAAAGUCUGAUUAUAAAGAACCCAAAAUUGAGUCAUUGGAAGACUUUACCAAUUUUGUAAUUGACUUACAAAAAGCCUUAGAAUGUGAGAAUGUUUUAGUAAAAGGGGGCCACAUACCUUGGAAUAAGAAAACGAAUAAGCCAUUCAAGGGAAAUAUCAAUGAAGAGCAAGAGGAUCUCACGGUAAUUGAUAUAUUAUAUCAACAUACUACCGAUUCAAUUACAAUAUAUGAGUCGGAAUUCUUGUUCACUAAAGAUACUCAUGGUACUGGUUGCACCUUAUCUUCUUCAAUUGCGUCCAAUGUUGCAAAAGGCUUAACUUUAGACCAAGCUUUGCCAUUAUCAAUUAAUUAUAUCCACAGAGGUAUUCUCAGCUUGGAGAAGAAACUUGGCCAUGGUAACGGUCCUUUAAAUCAUACCGUCACCCCUGAAGUCGGAGUUCUGGCAAUAAUCAAGCCAACAGUCCCGGCAGUCACUGGCCACAAAACAUUUUUUGAAUUUUUCAAAGAACACCCUAAAGUUAAGGAGAAUUGGAGAAAGUAUACUGAACACGAGUUUUUACACCAAUUGGCCGAGAAUAAGUUACCUUUCAACAGAUUUCUCUAUUUUCUAAAACAGGAUUUCUACUAUCUUGUUAAUUAUGCACAAGUUCAUGCAUUGGCUGCCUCAGUGGCCCCAAAUUACCAACAAACUCAUUCAGAAGCUUUAAUCAUCGGAGAAGUAGUGAAUGAAAUUGAAAAACAUAAAAGUAAAUUACAAAAAAAAUAUAACAUUGAUUACGAUAAAGUUGAUUUGGACAUUGAAUUACAACCCGGUAAAGCCUGCUUAGAUUACUGUGAUUUCUUACUUGAAAUGGGCAGGAAAGAAGACUUCUUGGGGAUUAAAGUUGCUUUAGCUCCAUGUCUCCAUGGUUACGCAGAAUCUGGUAUUAAUACUUUAAAAUACCGUGAACACCAUAAAAAUUCGGGUAAUGACUUUUUAAAUGCUGUCUCCGUAGAAGAAUCAAACAUUUAUGAUUCCUGGAUUGCUGAUUAUACUUCCGAAUGGUACCGUGAAGCUCACGGAAACGGAAUUGACGCUCUAGAAACUUUAUUGAGUGGCGUCCUAAUCACUACAGAAAGGUUGGACGAGCUUGUCGAGAUCUUUAAUAAAGUCACCAUGUUGGAAUGCAACUUUUGGAGUGAAGUUGUUGCCCCAAAUUAAUCAGAGUAUAUAUAUAUAUAAAACACCCGUACCCUGGCGAUAAAAUAGCAAAAAUCACUGCGUUGAUACGUAACCUGUAAAGAAGAAACGGGAAAAGCGACUUUCUCGCCCACGAAUUUCGAAAUGAACAAUCAAUCAUUACUUCUUUUUUUAAAUUAUAUAGAUAUCAAGAUCUUAAGUACUUUGUUU